AUGACACGUGAUAAUUAUACUGUAGAAUCAACAAAAAGUCCAGGUGAUGAUGAAUCUAGUCCGAUUACCAGUGCUUAUUCGCAAAAAACUACUAUAGAAACAACGGCACCAGGUAGAAUUACCCAAUCAAAAACAGACCAAGCUAGUGCAACAAAAGACUCAGAUAUUGGCAUCGCUGUUGGUGUUUUGAUUGCCACUUUCAUAACUGUUGCUACUGUCGUUGUAGGAGUUAUUCUUAUAAGAAGAGGGAAGGUUCCAUGUAUGUGUUGCAGAAUAUCAUUGCAUGACAAAUCGUCAAAAUGCACAAUGAACACAUCCCUAGUUAACAACUCCAACACAAUACCUCUAGAUUGUCCAAAUAGAAAGGUUGGCGAAGUUGUUCCACAAACAAACAUUGUAUCAGAAGAUGAUGUCCAGGAAAAUAACGGACAUCUUCCACAUGAUUACUUUAUUCUUGAAAAGACUGAAGCUGAUAGAAAUACAACAGUAGUUCAAGAUGAGGUAAAUGUGUAUAACACAUUAGCGUCCAAUGUAAAACAAGAGGCUAACUUUGACAAUACAUACGAUACAGCAGAGAAAGCAGCUAUGAAACUGAAGACCAAACACAGAGUAAAGGAUGAUUCCGAUGCGAAUGAAACGCUUGAGGAUGAAGAUCCUUACAAUCAUUUAAAUGAAGGCGAAAGACAACUGAAAACUGUCAGAACAGAUAAUGUUUAUGGUGUAACACAAGAUGAUGAAUAUGCAAACUGUAGAAAAACUCACGGAAAAUAUCUUCAGGAUGUUGAAGACACGUACAAUCAUACAAAUAUAUUGCAGGAUGCUGAGGCAGUUGAAGACACGUACAAUCAUACAAAUAUAUCUAAGGAUGUUGAAGACGACACUUACAAUCAUACAAGUCCAGUUUCAUGAUUUUGAAGACACGCACAAUUGUCAAGGACUUAAAAGACAUUUAUUAAAAAAAAUAUAUGCCUUCUUUAAUAAGAGAUAAUAAAAAUGUAAUAUAUGUAUAUAUGUAUUUGAAUGUUGUGUCCUAUUUCUGUAAUAAAUCAAUUCAUGGAUUUUAACAGUAUAGAAUGAUUUGUAUUUAGAGUCAUUAACAAUUGUCAACAUAUCACAUAAAAAGAAAGCAAUUGCUAGAUAGUUCUUCCUAUGAAAUAAUGCAAUUCUUUGAUAAUAAAAAAGUUAGAAUUUAUUACAAGUAUGUUUUUUUUUAUUUAAGUAAGUACAAGGAUAUUUAGCAAUAACAACAACAAACAAAAC